UAAUUACUAUGUGUCUUGGACCUCCUUGGGUUGAUUUUGUUGGAGUUUCUCUCUGCCUCUUGGAUUUGGAUAGCUGUUUCUUUCCACAGGUUUAGGAAGUUUUCAGCUAUUAUGUCUUCAAAUAAAUUUUCUGUCUCCUUUUCUCUCUUCUUCUCCUGGGCUCCCUAUAAUGUGAGUAUUAUUACACUUGAUGGAGUUACUGAGUUCCUUAAGUCUAUUAAGUUCUUAAGUCAAGUACACCUCCUGCUCAUGAAAGUAUGGCCUGGUGUUUUAGAGGUGUCUCCUAUGUGUGUUGUGUGGGCCUUGCUUUUGAGUCUUGACUGCUUUUCCUUCAGUCCAGUCAUCUGGCUCUCUUUCCCUGUUGUGGGCAGUGUUUGGUCACUGUGGUGUUGGUGGACCAGUCUGGGCUGCUUUGGGCUUGAGCUGAGUCAGACCAGACGUUUGUCAGAGAUGCAGUAGCAGCAAAUUGCAGGGCACUUCUCUGUAUUGACCCCUGAGAAGUUUUCAUUGGUGAGUGAGGCCUACAAUCAAACCCACUGUCUGCCCCCAGCCCAUUGCAGGGUAGGUGUUACUUUGGAGUGAUGCUGGCCCCUGUUGGGGCUGCUUACACACUGCCAGCCUUGUGGCUCUAGUUUGAAUUGGUUCUGCCCAAGAGUGUAUUGGAGCAGAUAUAUCACUGCCUCUGGCACUGGCCAGAGCCGGGUCCACAGUUUUAACGGGGUGCAUCCUGGUCUGCUUGCAAAGUGAGACCAGCCACCACCAUUGCCUUGACUAGGGCAGAUCUGUAAAGAAUGCAUGGGCAGGGCGCACAAUUUUAGCAAUUGGUCUUCUGUGGGACCCACUGCUACCACUGUCACUACCAAAGCUGGCCCAGGGCCCUGCAAAGUGUGUGGGGGCAGGUGACUGGGUGUUGGCCAGGUUUGUGCUGGUCUUCUGGGGGAGGGCACCUGCAGUGCUGAGACUGAGGCAAGCAUAACUAGAAAGGGCGGAUCUUCUGAUGCAGGGUGGGGUGUGGGGAGUUAGGGGUGUGUAUGUUAGCAAAUUAGGCACCACACUGGUUCCUGCAGGUGGUUGUUGUUUACACUGGGGGUCAGGGGAGGGAAAUGGCACCUGACGGCUCCUUUGUUCCUGGAGAAGUCCAACAGAAGAACACUUUUGAAGCUAACACUAUCACUAAGCAGCUAUGUGACUUAAAAACAACAAAAACUUCAUCUAACUGGGCUUCAAUCUCCUUUUUGUAAAAUGAAAAAGUAGAAUCAAUAGAUAUUCUCAGAAAGACCCUGUGCUGACAUUCCAUGUGUAUGAUGCUUUAUACUGUGCCCUUGGAGAAAGGAAGAGGCUCGUCCUGUGAUCUCUUCUCUUUUCAGAAGUUAAGCCUCAUCCAAGUGACCAAUGAGUGUCUGGUAUAUAAGAGACUAGGUGAUAUGUAUUCCUUUGCCUUAUUAUUGCUUCGCAGAGUCUGAAGGAAUCUCUGUAUAAUUAUAGGGUCUUGCCUUUUUUACUCUGUACUUGCACAGGAAUUACAAACAAAUGAACAAAAGAGACCUGAGAAGGACAACCCUUCAGUAAUUGUUCAGACAGAGACCGCCCAAAUAGAAAACACAUGCUAUUUCCCCUCUGCCUGACCAAUUUGGCCUUCAGAGCACAAGUUCCCAGGAGAGGGGCUGGGCCUCUCCAAGCAGGAACUGGCGUCAGAGGCUUCGCCUGUUCCUCGCUGGGAGAGAAGAACAUUAGGAAUGACUUUCAGCGCCGCAGUUCCUACGCUGUCUCACAGUAGCUACGUAGGUUGGGGGCAAUCAAACUGCGGCUCAACCGCACCCCUGCAGGAGUCCAGAUGCAGGCCAAGUACAGCAGCACAAGGGACAUGCUGGACUUUGAUGGGGACACCUUCAUGAGUGAGUGGUCUCGAACCUCUUCUACAACCCAGCGGCCAGAGGCUGGGCACACAGGGCGCCGGCCUCCCUCUUCAGUUUGGCGUCCAGUGGCCCUGACCCUGCUGACCUCAUGUUCGGUGCUGCUGAUUGGCCUGAUAGCCCUGGGGAUUGUGUUUUUUCAGUUCUACCAGCUUUCCAAUACUCAGCGAGACAGCAUUUCUCACAAGGAAGAAAGAUUGGGGAAUCUCUCCCGACAGCUGCAGUCUCUCCAAACCAAGCACAGGAAGCUUGCAGAAACCCUGCAGCGCGUGGCUGAAAAACUGUGUCGUGAACACUAUAACAAAAGUGGAGGUGCCGUGUCAUCAAAAGAGCACAGAUGCAGCCCUUGUCCAGAAGAAUGGAAGUGGCAUGGGGACAAAUGCUACCGAUUCUGUAAAGAGAGCAAGAGUUGGCAGGGCUGUGAGUAUUUCUGCAUUGCUGAGAAUGCGACCAUGCUGAAGAUAAACACACAAGAAGUGCUGGAGUUUGCCAUGCCUCAGAGCUACUCUGAGUUUUUCUACUCUUAUUGGACAGGGCUAUCUCGCAACGGCAGUGGCAAAGCCUGGCUGUGGACUGACGGAGCCCCUUACUCCUCUGAACUGUUUGAGAUUAUAAUAGAUUUUACCAGCCUACGAAGCAGGGACUGUGUGACCAUCCUCAAUGGAAAGGCUUUCUCGAAGGACUGUAAAGAGUUGAGGCGGUGUGCAUGUGAAAGAAGGGCGGCCACAGUGAAGCCUGAGAGCCUCCAUUAGCUUCUCUGAGCCAUUACACGGAGGUGAUGGACUCUCCCGCCAUUACUACAGCAUCAAGCUCCCUUCAGGGAGAUUGAAGAUCAGAACAGAAGUCUGUCUCUUCAUGUGCAGCUGUAAGAGUUUGGUUUCAGUUCCUUUUUUCUCCUAUGUGAUCUAUAUUUAUACAACAAUUCAACAAAAACUUUGAGCCAGGUAAAGUCAAUGCAAAGGAUAUUUGAGACAUUGGAAUAUGGAAAAAAAAUUAGGAAAGGCAAUUUUUCUGACUGGUGCAAGAAGGAUUUUCAUGUUUCCUGUUCAAGAUCCCCAGCACUUCUGAGCUUAGGUUCAUGCAUAUAUUUACCAGUCACGAAGAAAUCCCAUGUACCAACAAACAGUCCCAGAAUCUCAUAAAGUUGUAAUCCAUCUUCUUGACUUAGAGAUCACUUUCUAGUGUUCUUCCUUCUCAGCAUCUAGUAUCAUCUCCUUGUUUCCAUGUCUUCCUUCAUAUUUGGAGAAGUGAGAAACUUAAUGAAGUAGAUGAAAUAAAUGUGCAUGACAUUCUUUGCCCUAAAGGUCAAGUAGUCUAUGAGAAUUAGCAAUCAUUUCCUAUACUGUGCUCCUAAAUACAUAAUUAAUUCUUUCUGUUUGCUUCACUCCAUACUUUUCCCUUCCUAGUCUCUCAAUAAAGCCCCUGUCUGCCAUGUCUAUGGCCUGCUUCCCACUGGGAUACUUCUUUUUAUUAGAAUCUUAACUUCUUAAGAACCUAUCUCUCCCUAUCCAUUGAAGACUCCAACAAUUGGGGCACCUGGGUGGCUCAGUCAGCUAGGCAUCUGACUCGAUUUCAGCUCAGGUCAUGAUCUGAGGGUCAUGUGCUGAGUGGAAUCUGCUUAAGAUUCUUUCUCUCCCUCUCCCUCUUCCCCUCCCCACUCACGAUCUCUCUCUCUUUCUAAAAACAACACAACAACAACUCCAAUGAUUGUGUCCUUUCCCUAGAAAUUUCUUUCAUGAAAUAAAUAUUCUCAGCUCAGUUCUGUAUCCAAAUUACUGUCCCUGAUGCUCCCUUCAGAAGGAUUGAAGACCAGAGCCAAAGUCAUUCUCUUUACAUGGGUCUAGAAUAGUUUAGUUUCAGCUCCUAUUUUCUUCCAUUUGAUCCAUGUUUAUGCCUUUCUGGUACUGAAAAUUUAAUAAUAAUAAACGUAAAUAGUGUGAAAUGUGUGUGAUUGGAGAACAGAUUUGUGAUUUGGGGAAAAUUUCAGUGUGGAGAUGCUCUUCAAAAUAUGAUAGCAAUCUGUGUUUUGACUGUUGGUGCCUUACAGAGAGUUUGUAGGGACUACAAGAGUAUUAUUUGAUUAUUUGAGGAAGAUAAGUCUUUGAGAAGCAUGCUGUCUUCAAGAAGGUGAUUUUAACACUUUCCUGAGGUGAAAUCCUUUGAGGCAAGUUUUUCAUCCACACAUGGCUAAGGAUGAAUAAAUAAAAUCUUAAUAGGGUGAAUUAUCCAAUCAGGUCAUGGAAAGUAGAAGAGAGACUGUGACGUCUGCACACAUUACUGGCUUCUUGUGUAGGUGUCCCCUUUCUCAGGAUGCCAAGAUGCACAAUUGUAACAGGGGCCACUGCAAAGAACACCAUCACAACCAGUGACUUUGUUGAUUUAUAGAGAAAUUAAUUUUAGGGGUUUAAUGCUCAUGAAGAUAAUCUAUUAUAAAUAUUUUUCAGCAGUGAAAACUAGAGUGCUUCAGUUUUAUUUUCAGUAAACAUCUAUCAUAUGAUGAAAUGACAUCAAAUUAGCAAACAUAUGAUAAGGAGAACAUUUCUGUAUUCAUUUUCAUAAGACUGUGUUACUUAGCAAUCACUGCUUAUGGAUUUCUUCCUUAUGAGUUUUCCUUUCACUUUUCUGUUGAUUGUGAAAUUUCUUCAGUGUUGAACAAAUUUUUGGUUGAUUUAUUGUGUCAUGUAAAAAGAACUGUAUUUGUGGUCAUAAAAUGAGACUUUUAGAUCUCUUAUUCUGAUCGAUUAUUGGGCAAAUCAGUACUUCACCAAGCUUAUUUCAGUAAGUAAAAAGUGCAAAUGUUUAUAAUGGUGCUGUUGUUAGCUGAAAUGAAGUAAAUGUGAAAUUAGUUUUAUAAUCCAAAUUGCAAUAUAAAAUGUAAACAGUAUUAAAAAUAUGUAAAAAAAUUA